AUGGAUGACCCCUUUGAGCAGGUCCUUAACGACACUCGUGAGCAGGCCAGCCGAUUGGCCCAGUACCUAGAUGCAGGGCACGAACUCGACCAAGAGGUGCGGGACAUAUUGGAAGAUCUAGAAGAGACCGUACGAGAACUCGACUCUAGUAUCAUGGUAAUGAGACGAGAAGGAUUCGUCGAUAACGCGACCAUCUUGGCGCGAGAAAACCGCAUGCAGGAUCUCAAGCGAGAGCUAGCCAGGCUAAAGACGCAUAUGACGUCGUCCUCCCGAAGCGCACAGGGAGACGGCAGCCCUGAAACCUCUGAAGACCCUUCUUCCCCCAGAAACAACCUGCUUCAGGAGCAGAUGAUGGAAGAGCAGGACCAACACCUGGACACAAUCCACCAGACCAUGCAAAACCUCCACCUGCAGGCAUCAACCAUGGGCCAGGAGCUCGAGGACCAGGGCAUGCUUCUCGAGGAGAUGGACGGCGGCGUCGACAACGUCAUGAGUAAGCUUUCGCGUGGACGCAGGCAACUCGAGUGGGUCUACGAGAAGAACAAGGAAAAAUAUAACGACUGCUGCAUAGGUCUGCUGAUCGUCGCUCUGAUAGUACUACUGGUCCUGGCCUUUGUGCUGUGA